AUGUCGACCAUUCUAGACGACGUCACCUGGACCAGCGGAGACGCGACACUUGUCAGCGCGGACGGAGUGCGCUUCAAGGUCGCGUCGUACUAUCUCUUCGCGGCGAGCGGCGUCUUCCGACAAGCGCACGCUAUCUCCUCUGGACCGCUCUCUCUCGAGUUUGACGACCUUCAAAUCGAGUCAGCCUCGACCAUCCGCUCCUUCCUAGACUUGAUCGUACACCUGAAACUCAUCCCACCCUCCCCCUCCCCUUCCUCUUCCUCCUCUAACACAACCCUCUCUCAGGCGGACGAACUCACGGCCAUCCUCCGCUUCCUGGACAAGUACGACUGUCCGGUUCCCCGCCGCACCGCCAUCCUCGUACUCGACAAGGCCCUCCCCGCCCUCAUCCAUCCCGCCGCAGCCCUCCUCGCAGGCUGUGCGACCGACGAGCCUGACCUCGUCAGCGCCGCCCUCCGUUUUGCGGAUCGGGGUAAGAGCGACGGACAUUAUGAGCGGCACGAGGUCGAUUCAUCUCUCGAGGCGGUCAAGGAGGACCGCGAUACCUUGGACCCAGCGCGGAUGCCGUUCGAGUUCGUUCGCCGUAUACCGCAGGAGUACCUCUGGGCGCUGGGGAGGGCUUGGGGAGGCCGGCCUUACCCGGUGCAAGAGAGGUUUGAAGAAUAUAUCAAGGUCGUUAAGAAGUAUCGGCCGCGAGGGGAGUAG